GAUUCUGAGCUCACCUAAGAGUCACAGUGGCGUCAUUCUUGUCGAAAGCGGCUUAGAAGCAAGAGCAAUCGCGUCCAACUUGCACAAUGGCGAACACCGACAGGGACGAUGGAGCGGCAGCUAGCACGAGUCUCCCAGAAUCAAGGCUCGGUACGAAAGCGCACUGGGAUGAAGUUUAUGCGCGGGAAGUAAAGAACUUUAAUGAUUUUGGUGAUGAAGGCGAGGUGUGGUUCGGAGAAGACUCUGUCGAUCGAAUGGUACGGUAUAUCCAACGCUACCUCGAACAGCGCCAAGAAGAGCAUGAAGAACCGGCGGCCAGCGAGUUGUCCGUUCUCGACUUGGGCACCGGCAAUGGACACAUGCUCUUCGCGCUCCUGGAAGGCGACGCGGAGACUGCGCUGUCAGCGAGCCGCAUGAAAGGUGUUGACUAUUCUGCAGGGUCAAUCAGUCUCGCGAAAUCGAUAGGCAUGAGAAAGGCAGCGGAGGAGCAGGACCAGAGUUAUCAAGAGGUGGCGUUUGAAGUUCUCGACCUGCUCGACGCAAAAGCAGUCGAUGCAUUGCGCAAUUCUGGCUCUCCAGCGGGUUGGGACCUGGUCUGCGACAAAGGGACCUAUGAUGCCAUUGCAUUAUCAUCGCAGCUAAUCAAUGGCGCUCUACCCGUCGACCUAUAUUUACGCGCGGUCAAGUCCCUUACCAAAGCAGGCGGCAUCUUCCUCAUCACCAGCUGCAAUUUUACCGAACAGGAGCUCACAGCCAAGUUUGCUAAUUCAAAAGCUGGCUUCGAAGUGAAAGACUUCGUCCCAACAGCCAAGUUUUCAUUUGGGGGUCAGACCGGGUCCACAACCACGACCAUAAGUUUCAAGCGAUUAUCAUAGACCGCUAUCUUUCAGGUAAUGUGUUCUAUUACACCCGCAGGGGUUACGCGGCAAUCUUAAUUACCA